AAUUUUUAAAGCUUACUGCUGGAUGCAUCUCACCAGUAAGUGUCCAUUAUUGCCAACGCUGACGUGAGCUCAGUUGAAUACCCACUAUGACACGUGUGUGACCUAGGUCCCUAGCAGUCACUGCUGCCCUGCCUGAGACACUGAGCAACACUGGACACUUCGUGGCAGGGUACUGCAUGUGGGAAUGAGAUAGACACACCAACUUGGGCUUGGGAGUGUCCAAAGCAGAGCACUUCCGGAUGAGACGCCAGUCUAGUUUGCACAGUACAUUAAAAUGUCGAAGCCAUAUAGUUUCUUUAAAACAGUAGUGAGGGAUGUACUGGAAGAUGAUGCAUUUUUGACGUUAUGGGAACUUAUAGAAUCCGUUUUUCAAAAUUACUGGGUGACAAUCAUCUUUGCCAUUUUCUUGGGAAUCAUUUUUGAGGUAAUAUUCAUAAAAAUUUAUGCAUGCUUUCAGAAGAAGAUUGCACUUCCAGAAAAAUGUGGUUUCUACACUCAGAAGAAUGAAGACAGUAACCUGAAGCACAUGGAAUUUGCUCUAAAGAAACAUCCAGUUAUUCAUCUACCUUCAGAAGAAAGAACUGAUAUCUCUUCAGAAAGGAGAGUUGCCUCAAUGCUUACACCUGAAAGAAAUGAAGGUAACUUCACAGAUGCAGUUUUCAUGUCAGAUGAAUCAAAAGGAUCAGCCACCAGUGAGAGUAGACACUAUGUUAGUCACUUUUGUGAAAGUCAUGUGACAUCUUCAAGUACAACCAGCUCCUCUUUGUCACUGUUUCAUUCGGAAGUAAAGAAAAUUUUCCUAAACAACAGACAGCAUACAGAAAACAAACAAGAAAGAGUAAAAUUUUCUUCAAAAAAAUUGUUUUCGAUAAUGAAAACUAACAAAAAUAAAAAUUUAGAGUUUUCUUCUGAUCUUAGUUUUUCGAAAACAUCUAAAUUCUAUACAGAAAAUGAACAUAUAGUUGUGACACCAUGCCCUCCUGCCCAUCUAUUUCUGUCUAAAGACCAAGUUAGACUUCUAGAAAAAAAUGUGAAAAAUCAAUUUCCAUUAAAACACAGUGCUACACUACAGAGUGAAACUAUUUAUCUGUGCUCCAAAUCCCAAGAGUCCUUGGUUCAGAAUCACUGUUCGGUACACAGGGUUGUUUCUGCCCAAGCACAAGAUUCCUUUCCAGAACAAAAUGCUAUUCAGAAUCGAAGUUUUUAUGAAACUCAAUUCCCUGGCCAAGGCCAACACUUCACUCACAGUCAAGAACCUAUCAACAGCCAGCUUGAUAUCAUGGCCAGUAGUGAUGUAACUCAUUCUCAGGACUUAAUGAAUAAGCCAUUUUCCACCAACACAGAAGACUGUCUUCUGGCCCACCAAGUGGAUAGGAGCCAAAAUCUUACCCCAGUCCAAUAUACUGUUAAAAUACAAGAAGGUUUGCUCAGUGGCAAAGAGCCUGAUGAACAUUUAGGUGAAACCCAAUAUUUGGUUUGUUUUGAAGAAUCAAACAAGAUUAAAUAUUCUAUCAAGGGGGAAGAUAUUGCUUCUAAAAAUGCUGAAAAUCUAGAUUUAACUGUGAGUCCAAAUUCAUGUAUUGAAAAUAUGCUGCAAGUGGAGAGUGUAAAGUCAGAAGACCAGCAGCAAACUGCUUCAUCAAAAAGUAGCCAAGUUUCUCUAUAUAGCAGAAAAUCACUUGGCAAUAAACGCAAGCUCAGUCUUAAAAUUUCAUCUCUAAAAGCAAAGAAAACAACUUCACUGGUAUUUCAAACCACAAAAAACAAGAAUGAUUUAGGAUGCAAGAAUAAUACUGUGAAGAAAGAAUUACAUCAAAGGAAAGCUCUAUUAGAUAUAGCUUCACAGCUUGUUUCUGUACCCAAGUUUAUUCCUCCUUACAUUAAAAAGUGUUCCAUGAAGAAAAUAAUGGAAGUCAUGCGAGGCUUAAUAGAAUGUAGGUAUUUUCUGCAAAGGCAGAAUAAUUUACCAGAUACACAGGGCAUUGGUUAUGCAGGAUCUGUUGAGGAGCAGUGUCUCUCGGGCAUUACUGGAAUUGUACAGCAAGAUGAAAGGAAAAGUAAAGGACCAGAAGACAUUUCACCACAAAUAUUACCUCAGCCAGAACAGUCACUCAUGGCUAACAGUGAACAACUAAAGGCAUCUUCUUCAUUAAUACAAACAAACGGGAAGUGUAAAGAGUCUCCUGAAGACCCAAUUAAAGAAGCAAGAGAAAUUGAUACUACAGAAUUUCAUGUCCCAAAUGAUAAAAAAUCAGUUGAGUUUCCCAUUCCAAGGAAUGAGACACCUUUGAAAGAAGCUAUGUCAAAACCUAUGACCAAAUGUGUGUCCUAUCCCAAAGUAGAACUGAACGGAAGAAGGAAAACACAGGAAGGCUUCCUAAGUGCAGACAUUUCCCAUCUUCAACUUUCAGAUGGAGAGGAAUUUCCAACUAGAUUGCCAAAAAUGCAGAGAGACUUUUCAAAGGAAAACACACAGAACCAGAACAACUCUCUGGAAAUUGUUCUGGAGUUAUCAAAUCCCAAUCCACCCAUUUCCUUAAAAAACAAUGAAAAGUAUGAAGGCAUAGAAAUUCAAGUAUGUCUAAAGGAAGAGAAACAGUUAAUAUUUAACAUUGCAGAAUAUGGCAAUGUAAGGAAAACUGAGGAAUUGGAAUGCAACACUAGAAGCAACAUAAAAAAUGUUCUUCAAGAUAGAAGUACAUGUGAUGUGCGUUGCACUGACACACCUGAUAUGCAAAUACAAAGCAGAUUAAAUGACAAGAGACAUGCAUCAGUAAUAGUAAGACUUAAUCAAUCAGCAUUAAAGCAUGAGAAAUUACCAGAUGAAAAGAAAACACAGAAUUCAAAACACAUUGAUAACAACUUUGUACUUAAAAACCCAAAACAACAUGGCAGAGAGCAAGAAGGACAAGAGGAAGGAGAAGGCAUUUCACCGCUGACACAACAAGUCAUCAGCUUCAGUAUGUAUCCAAAUCAAAACCCCACACAGAUCAGACUCAAAGUGGAACAAUCUAGUUCAGCAAGUGGAAAAACUCAAGACCCAAACGGACAACCACAAGCUCUCUCUGUUUUGGCAACAAGUUCACCCAUUGUGAGCCAUCCAUUUCCAGUCAAGAAGGUAAUGCAAAACAUAGAAAGAUCUCCAAGAAGAGAAAAUGCUAUAGAAUCAAUGAAUCCACCUGCAAUGCCAGAGAAUUCCCCAGUUGGUAAACUUUUAAAUGAAACAGAGUGUGGUAUCCUAUUUGGUGGAAAGCCCAGUAAUGUACAAGAUGGUUAUAUUGCAGAAGAAAAGGGAAACUCAAAGAAAAGGUUACCUGCAGCUGCCCUGGAGUCUUUCAAAGUAAGAAAAAAAAUAUCAGGAACAAAAAAGGUACUCAGAGUAAAGUGUACAUCUAUGAAAGUAAAGAAAACAGUAGUUUCACAAAUGCCUUGUAUCAAUAGACAAGGUACUCUAAGACACAUUAAAAAAUUGGAAGGCAAUUUUCAAACCUUAAUUAAACAGGUGCCACAAGAUAACAUUGUAGCCAAUGUGCCUCUGAAUGUUACUUACCCUCAUGCAUCUGUUUUGCCUAAAACUGGAAUACACAGCAGAUUAAAUUUAGAGAGUUGCAGAUGUAUUAGACCAAUUUCAGAUAAAUCCCAAACUGAAGGGGAAGAAAACUGUUCAGAUUCUACUAAUAAGGAAAAUGAAACUACAGAUACACAGGAAGCUAAAUGGCAAGAUGAAGUGAAAGGAAACAAAGAAAUGCAGAACCUCAGAUUUGAUGUACAUGCAGAGAAGGAGAUUAAAACGGAGGGAGAAAUGAAUCAAUCAAUCUCAUCCAAAGAAACCCUUGUGGAGACUGUUGACUUCUCCAUCAUGGAUCUACCUUGUGUCCACAGUACGGAGAAAAAUCAAACAACACAAAGAGUCAUCAGAAGCACCACAGAUUCAGAGAUGCCUCCUCCACUAUCAGGAAAACUACCGAGUGCAGACCCUUCAAGUCAAACAAAAGAAAGUGGUGCUCCAGGCAAUGGAAGCGAUACAGAUGAAAUGGGUUACUGUUUUGCUGGAGAAAAGGCGGAAUUACCAAUAGAUGUGCCACCAGCUCACUUCAAAACACCUGUUUUGUCUGAUUCUAAACCAAAGAAAAACAGAGUAAGAUUUGCAAGCAUGACAAGUUUAUUGAGACCAAGAAAUAUAAAUAUGAAGGCAUUGAAGCCAUCAGCAUCACAAAUAUUCAGCAACAUAGGCCAUAGACAGAAAUCAGAAUUGAACUUUAAGACGGUGGUUAGAAGGAUCAGCCAAAGUGAAGGAUUGGUCCCUGAGUGUCUAACUACCCUUUAUUCUCCUGUUUACAGCCAAUUGCAAAGUAUUUUCUGUUAUGCUCAGUUAAAGCCAGGCAAACCAGCAAAGAAAAAUUACAUUGAUGUUUAUGCUAAGAGUAGUGUAUUCUGUGAGGGGGAUGAAAAAUUCCAAGACAAAGAAGAAAAUGAACAAAAGCUUUCAGAAGCAGCUCUAGAGCAUGGUCAGCACCUGCAGCCUGAUGCGUGUCAAAUGAAGAAGGCCGGCUUUACGGAGUCAGAGGCCUCACUGACCUGUUCAGCACAGGAGCAACCUAUACCUAAGCAGAGAUUGCAGAACCAGGCAGGGUUUACAGAAGCUGCCUCACAGGCUACUCUCAAAAUGGACCCUGCAGAAGCUGAGGCAUUGCAGACAACAAACAAAGCAGAAUGUGUGACAAGUGCUGACGGUGCUAAAACUCCACUUCCAAGAUCAGGGGACUCAUCACGUGGAUUCAGUGCCUAUCAAGAGGCUCAGGAAGAUGAUGAACUGGUCAAAUCAGGUGAGGCAACGGAUGAACCAGAUGUAAAUACUCAGGUACACCCACAAGCAUAUUUUACACAGAUUAUUUUGGGUUCUAGUCCAUGCCCUAAACUGGGUCAACUUCAACUUGAAAAGCCAGAGACAUACAUUUCACUUUCACCUCUUAAGUCUGAGAAAGAAAAGGCUUACACAUUUUCUGGAAGAGAAAAUGUUAUCUUAUCUGGAGCAAGCCAUCAGAAGCAACAGGCUGAUGGCAGCGAAAAGAAAAAGCCAGUGACAUUUGAAUUGGACAUGUCUACUCCAUCUACAUCUCCAAAGAGGAGAAAUUUGAAGCAAUUUUCAGACAUGAAGAUACUAAUGAGUCAUAGAUGUGGAGUUAUAAAGGCAAAGAAACCACUGAUGUCGUCCAUAUUCCAUAUUAAGGGUGGUGCUAGUCCAAAUCAAAGAAAAGAAUUGGGAUACUUGACAACCAAAAUAAAAGAAGUUCAUCAAAAGAAAGAGGUAGUAGAUCAAAUGGACUCUGUCAUGACUGCUACACCUGAUAUUAAUGUAAAUAACAAGAUAAAAACCAAAAAUGAUACAUUAAGAGAAAACAAAUUCCAUUCUACACAAGUAAAGCAAGAAAUAUCACUUCAUGAAAUUAGUACUACUUCAGAUGGCAUUGUUAAAGAUGAAGACAAAGAAGAACUUGAACAGCAGGCAUUGUUAGAAAUACUUCCACAGCACAGCCAACAUUUUAUGUUCUGUUCGAGUCAUAGGAAGGGUCUUGAUUUGCAUAACAACCAGGGAAGAAGAAAAAUUCUUUUUGUUACAGAACAGAGUAUCCAACAGCAAAUUCAGAAUACAAACCCAAUGCAAGAGGAGGAGCUGAAAAAAGACCUCUGGCCACAAGAUGGCAUGACCUGUAUACCAAGUUCAAAGCUUCCUCUUUUACAAACAGAGAGCUCAGGAAUUGGUUACAUUUCAGUUUGCACAGGAAAACACAGUGUCCCAACAGAUAGGAACCACAUGAGGGAACUGUGUAGUUGGGGCAAAGAGGAAAAGGCAGAGCUUACAAAAGGUCUACAAACACCUGCUGUGGAAUCUUUGGCUGCCUCCACUCCUGACAUAUCCAAAUCCAGAAGACGAAGAAAGGCAUUUUUCUGUAGACUCUUAAGACGUGAAAUGAAUCUCAAAUAUGUUAUUAUGAAGACAAGGAAAGCACCAACUUCACAGAUUUUUAAUGUUCCACGAUGUGGUUAUCUAAAAAAUAUACCUCCCAAACCCCUGAAAUCCCAGGUUGCUGAGUUAUUAACAUACUCUGGAGUCCUUUCUGAUAGGUUUCAUGUGGUGGCACUCAACAAUCUUAUUGCAGUUAAGACAAGAUUAGCACAGAAAUUACCGACUAUAAUUCAGGAAUCUUUGAAUUUCCCUAUGCAUAUGUUAUCUGCAUCUAAAAGAAGGAAAAACAAUUUAAAAUUUAUAGAUAAGAAGCAUAAAAUAAGUAUCAAACGUAUAACUUUAAAGGCAAAGAAAGCACUAAUCUCUGAGACAUUUAAUAUCACAGGAUAUGGAAUCCCAAACCAUGGAAGAAAAUUAGAAUGCCACUCAAAAACCAUGAAGAAACAAAGCAAACCUGUGGCAGACACCAUUUCUAGAAUCCCUGAGUCUCUUGACAUGAACAUGUCCAACAGAAUGCAGGAGAGAGGCAUCCCAUGGAAAAUGGGAUUUAAUCUCAAAUUGCAACAGAAAGAGCAAUUGAUACUUAAAGAAAAAGCCCGGCAUGCAGAUCACAAUGAAAAGGUUAGAACUUCAAAAGUCAAAGGACAACGUACAGAAACAGUCCCACUGCUUUGUGAACACUUCAAUUUCAAUGCUCAUGUAGUGAAGGGGCCUAACUAUGUGAAAUCAGGUCUAGAAUUGAAGAAUUCAACAAGUGAAAAAAUGUCAGAAGCGCUUACUCAGGAGCUGCAGCAACAAACACUUGCCAUACAGAGCAUAUUAGAUUCCAUUUGGAAUUCGUUUCCAUUUGAGAAUCUACCAAAAAGAACAAAAGCACAAAAUGACGUGAAUGAUGAUGGGAUUCCAAAGAUUCCAUCUCCAGUUAGUGGGUCUUUAGCAGUUACAACACAAAAUGGCAGCCCAUCUGAAAGAAGCCUUCAAAAAGAACUUGCUAGUUCUGUUUCACCAAGAAAAAUAAGAUUGCAAAAGGAUUUGCAUGCGAAAAUCCUGGCGUCUCUUGAUUUUUCCAUGCCUGUUUCCUGUGAAUUUAAAGCACAAAGAAAUACAGUGCAACUCCAUAAAUCUGUAACUGAAAAAAAACAGAUGUCAUCAAUUUUCAAGACAAUAAACAUCUCUAAGUAUGGUAAGCAUCAUCAUAGAAAGAAACAAAAAUUCAUGUUGGAAACGAUGUGCAAAGAAACAUCUCAAGAUAUGUCAAAUGUAUUGAUCAACACUUUUCCACUUGUACCUGUCUCAUCUAGCAUUAAAAUGCACGAUAAAGCAAAAACAGUGAAAAAUUCAUUAAGAAAAACAAGCAAUAUUAUGCAGCAAAAGAAUGACCGAAGGAAAAGAUUGUAUAUAUAUCCUUCUAAUAAAUGUAGUAUCUUAAGCAACACAUUUGAAGGAAUGUUGCAAGAUGAAGAAGAAAAUAAAUGUGUCACACACCCAUUUUUGUCUCCAAUGCCUGCUUCAACUAUUGUCAUAAAAGAUCAAGACAUACAUGGCAGAUCAAAAGCAGAGUUGGACAAACUUAGAAUACAUGGUUAUACUCAUCCAGAGACAGAGAAAUCAUUAUUUGAUGGGGAAAUGCAGAAGGCCAAUUUGACUGAUAAGCAAAGUAGAUACAACAAUGCAACAGAAAUGCACAUACAACAUGAAAAGCAGGAAAAAAAUAUCCAAAGGAUAUCAGAAUCAGUCCCAUUCUGUAGCCAACACUUUAAUUUUGCUGCACAUCAAAUGAAAGAUCCUGGCCCUCAUAAAUCAGAGUCUGAGCUGAAGAAUUCAGAAAUCGUACACAAUCAAAAUUUAUCUUGUGCAGUGCAAGAAACACAACCAAGAGAAAUUGUUUUGGAGGCUUCUCACAGACACUUCAAUUUUCUUCAAGUUAAAUCUUCCAAUAAAAGUCCUUGUAUACAAAAAGGAAUAAAAAGUAUGUUACAGCCCAAGGCUCCAUUUCAAAUGGAGAAAUCAGAGAUUGGCUCAGUAAAACAUGAUACUAGCUGGAAGGAAAAUCUCAGAGUAAAGCAGGACGACCCUAUUUCUGAGAGAAAUGCAUGGAAGCAAAAAUACUUCAGAACAAUUUUCAAACCUUUACAUUUUUUCAGACUUGUGUCCUCUGAUUUCGAAAGCCUCAGCUGCCCACUAGACAAGAAAAGUAUGAUGAUUCUCAAACACAGAAUUCUGAAAACAAAGCAACCACCAAUUUCACUGGUUUUUAAUAUCAAAGGAUAUCCUGCAGGAGGUCAUAGGAAGAGAAAGCAACCCAAUAUUAAGUACAAGAUGAAAGAAAGUGUGCAGUAUAGGGAAAAAGAGGCCUUACUCGGUGCUGCUGAGGAUGCUCAGAGUCCAUUUCCCAAAUUAAUGAUGGAUGAAUUCUUAUUUGAUAAAGUAGCAAAGAGUACUGUAUCUAUUAGAGCAAUUCAAAAAAAUCUGUGUGGUCAUAUUACAGAGAAAGAGGCAGAGUUGCCAGGAAACUCCAACACAAUUCUCUUGGGGUCUUUGAAUAUUGUCAUGCCUGACUCUAAUAGCCAAAUAAAUACAGUGCAGUUAUCAGAAAAGGAAAUCAUAUUGAAUUAUAAAUUUUUAAUUAAGAAGAAGAAGAAAUCACCAAGCUUACAAAUACUUAAAAUCAGUAGACACUCUAGCACAAAGCAUAGAAAAAAAUUUGAAUCCAAUUUAAGAACAAAAAUGAAAUCCAUAUGGCAAGGUAAAAAUGCAACUGAUACAUUUUCAGAUACCAUUUACUUCAUGCCACAUACUUCUGAAAUGAAAAAGCAAAACAGAUUUGAAACAGAGACAGACAUGAGAAUAUCAAAGUUUAAUAACAUGCAAGUGGAAUCAGCAGUUGAAGGGGUGGCAGGACACUCCAGUUCCGUUGGCAUGAGUGGUGUUUUCAACUUUUUAAAGGAAACAAAGACACCAGCUAGAAAGAGUGAGGAAGAAAAGCCAGAACGUCCAAUGGAAAUUGUCCCAUUGUGUAAAAAGCACUUCAUAGUAAAUGCAUAUCUCAUGAAUGAAUCUGACAUUGGCAAAUUAAAAGACAUGUGUUUUAGAGAAUCUUAUUCCCAAGAAAGUCAACUUUAUGAAUGUACACCAGAAAAUAAUAGAAAAGUAGAAAAAAACACACAAGCACACCUGAAAGGUGAGCUGCCAGAAACGGAGAAAUCAAAUAUUUAUGCAGAACUAUAUGAGCCAACAGGUGUUACUAUAUUGACUAUAUAUAAUAAGAAAAUAGGUCAUUCUGUUUUGCAAGACCAAGCUCCAUUUCACUUCACAAAAAUUUCCCUGGACUCUGUUGACAGUCAUGUGCCUGUUUCAGGGGAAAUUAGACAACAAAGCGAUAACCUAAAAAUGACUGACAUGUUAAAUCACAGAGAUAUACAUUCGAAGCUAUCACUUAAUGCUUUAGAUCAUGCUUCUAUAAGUAUUGAUAAGGGAGACACACAGAACUUUAAAGCUCAGAAGAUAGGAGAGGACAGAGAUAAAGCUAUAUUAAAUGCACAGCUAAAAUCUCCACAUACUUCUAUGUCUACUGUACACAUAAAAAUGAAGGAAUCACCAAGAACCUGGAAUACAAUUGAACAAUCUUGUGAAAAGUUAAAUAUGCUGAAUAAGUCUAACAAUGAGAUGACAGAGUAUGACCAACAAUUUUUGCUGAGCACAGCUCCACAGUGUAUUCAGCCAUUUGAGUUUGCAGUAGAUCAAAUGAGAGAACUUGGUCCUUUCAAAUCAGAAGCAACUUUGAUCAAUAUAGUAUGCCCCAAGAACACCUUUCUUCAGAAAACAGAAAUUGACUUAGUGAAGCAAAAACCAAAGAUGAAAGUCAGUCCAGAGUCUACUUUUAUCUCUAAUCCCCUUCAAAUUCAAAAGCAAGGGAACGAAGUUAAAAGUGCAAACUGGAAAAUAAUAGCAAAUCCUAAAAUUCUUGCCCUGCAAAAGAAACAGCAAGAGCCAUGUAUCUCAAGAACCCUAUGGAAUUCAUAUGCCUACAAACCUAAGUGUCUUGAAAUUAUAAGCCAUAAAAGUAAUGCAAAAAUGGCAUCUGUAAAAAACAUUCUGCAUAUUAAACAGAUAAAAUUUAAGGGAAAGAAAACACCAGUUUCCCAGCUGCUUGUAUAUGGUACUAGAAGUAAUAAAGAACUGAGAGGCAGCAUUCAACAGCAGAGGAGAGUACAGUUGAGUAAACAUGCCGGAAGUAUAGUUCUGAAAACUGCUUUUGACACUGAAUGCCUUAAAAUUCACAUUAGAAAGUUUAUAGACAUAAAACACAAGACUGACAAGCUACAGGAACAGGUAUGCAUUCAUCCACUGCUGAAGCUGGAGGCAUCAAAGAAAAGCCAAGUGCCGUUUCCGGGAUACACUGGUAUCCCUGACAUCACGCAAGAUGAUGCAAGAAAAGAGGAGCAAAUUCACCAACAUACUUUAGCAGAUAUACCACAGCAAUCUAUCCAACCAUUACAGAUUAAGUCACAGAACAUGAAAGACCAUUAUGUCAAAUUAGAUUUUCAAACAAAGGUGUACUCUGAACAAACUUCACAGAGAGGAGGAGCUGAUGACCCUAGGCUUGGUAUCUCAGGAAGUAUAAGAGGACCAGAAGACUAUAUUGAAGGGGAAGAGGCGCAGCAACAGAAAUAUUUGCCAGUGUCAAAGAUGUGCAAACUAAAAUUGACUGGUGACACCAAACUCAAACUAAGGAAGGAGCCUCUUCAUUUGAAAAAGACAGAGGAAAUCCAGACAAAACAAGAUCUGAAACUAUCAAAUCUGCAGAGGAAAAGAGGAUUGAAGGCAACUAAGAAUCUACUAGGUGCAAACGAACAAUUCUGUAUCCCAGGGCCAUUGGCAAAGCAGCAGCCUUUCACAGCAGUUCUGCUGGAAUCCAUCUCCUCUUGCAUACUGGAUCGGUUUCAUGCUGAGAAGCCAAAGCCAGAAGUUAACACAAAAGGCACAUUUUUAAAGAGUUUGUCUACACAGGUAACGAAAAUCUCAAAGAAAGAUUAUACAAGUGUUUUAGAUGUGGAUCACAGAGCAAGAAAUAUUGAAAGAAUACUCUUGCUUAUUAAAGAACAAGAGAAUAGGAGGAAAAAAAAGAGAAAGGAUAAAGAAUUUGAAACAGAAAUAGACAUGAAUGCAACAGUGAAUCCCAAUUUGAUUCCAAGAUAUUCUUCUGCUGGAUUACAACUUAUUAAUGCACGAAAGAAUGUUAACAUAUUCAAGCAAAGAAAGAGAAAAGAAAUAGAUGGGCCUGUGGCUAUACAAUGGAGACAGCAAAAGUUUCAUGGUCUGGGUACUAUCUCAGAUUCUGUUCAUACAAAUGAGUUUAUUUCUACUGAAGUUGUAAAGAACAAAGGAGGAAAAACUUUAUUGAAAAAUGCUCUGUAUCCCCAAAGGAUAAAAAUGAAGGCAAAGAAAGCACCCAUUUUCCAGCUGCUUAAUGUUACAGAAUAUGGAAUCCGAAGCAACAAGAAGGUACUGAAAUGUAACAUUAGGAAACAGAAGGGAUACCAGCAGGGCAAAAGCAUAGCGGUUUUAGUUCAGAAUGCUAACUACAAUUCUGGCUGGGUAACAUCUCAUGCCAAAGAGGAUAUAAAAGUAAAAAGGGUAACGGACCAAACAACAAAGCAGAAAUGCAUUCCUUUACAACUACGAGUAAAGAAAUCACUAGGUAAAGCCAAAAGACCAUAUAUACAGCCCAAUGAUAAGAGUGCCAUGCUAAGCACUUUUAAAACAUCACACCAACAAAUUAGAAAGCAAAAAGAAAAACAAGUUGUGUUGCUAGACAUUCUCCCACAAUAUGGAGGUCAGUUAGUGAUUGGCAAACAUGUACCUGAGCCUGACCAUGGCAACUUUGACACAGAUUUGGAAAGAAAACCAUGUGCUCUUCUACUUUCACAGAAGAGAGAAAUAAAUUAUAAUAUGUUUGACACCCCAAGAAUUAGAUCAGAUCCAGAACUUGAAUUCAUCAAUGCACAAAGUGUAAAGGAGAGAGAUGUAGACAUUGCUGCCAAAGGUUCAGUUUCUAUUCCACAGAGAAGAAAAAGAUCAAAAAAACUGAAUAUUUUAAGUUCAAAAAGGCGGAACAUAAUUUUUGCAAAGUUGGUUAUUUCUCAACAAAAGAUUUGCAAGGAGCAAAAACUACAGAAUCAAUGUACUUCCAAGACAGAUCAGGAGCCAGUUGCUUACUAUGUUACAAAACCCCUUCAUUUGAAAAACACAGGGAAGGUAGUGAAGGAAGAAGAUGAGUGUAUUAGCCUAAAAACUAUAUCCCAUUCAUUGGGAAGACAAUCAAAGGAAACCAAUAUUCCCUUGGGUUUCAAAGGACAAGAAUUUAUUUGUUCUGUUGUAGAGGCUCAGAACAAAAUGUGGGCAGUACAGAAAGGGCUAGUGAAACAAGGUAAUGUUGCAGAAAGUACCAUGGCUUCUGGAUCUCGCACCAGUAGUGACAUUCAUUUGAAACAAGCAGCGGCCACACCAAGGAAAGAAAGUGAGAGCAAUGAAAAGCUACAGGAAAAAGAUCAAGCAAAGUUAAGUGAUAGUUCAUUAAAAUCAAACAAACUGAAAGUGGAUUUUUCAAAAAGCUUGUUACUGAAGCAGCAAAACAUUUGUAAUCAGAAUAAAGAAAGAAUUCUGGAAUCCAUUUCCUCUUGUAUAUUGCAUAAAAUUUAUACUGAUAGUUCGAACAAGGAGGUUUCAGCAAAACAAAUAAUGAGGUCAAAAGGAUUGAGCCUAAAGGUACAGAAAAAAACAAAUGAUGUAGAUCAACCUUCAAGUUCAGAAGGAAUUAAUUUGCAUAAUAUAAACAGAAAAGAAUAUCAACAAGAAAGUACAUGUGAGGCUUUUUCAACAUCUAAUUCUCCACUGGAUGCAUAUCAGAUUAAGUUGCCAUGGGUAAAGAAAGCAGUCAAGACGGAAGAUAGUCCAGCGUACCAUAAUACAAAAGUGGAAGAAGUUGAUUUGUUUACUAUAAGAGACGGAAAACAGCAAAAAACCACUAUUAUAGAACCUGCAUCUCACUCCAGAACAAAUCUAGUUGAAAUUAGUACCUCAGUACACCGAGUAAUAUUAGAUGCUAUUCAUUGUGACAACACAACUUCACAAAAUAAAGAAGCAUUAAAACAAAUGGAUUUCCUAGCUGAAGAUAUUAAAAAUAAUAAAGAACAAGUCCUGCUCAGCUCAGGGAAAAAACAGAAGCACAAAUCAGUUUCCUCUGAGAACCUUGUGAAGCAUAAAUCCUACCCACAGGAUUUUCCCUGUCUUCUGCAACAUUUGAUGCCUCAGACAGAGAACGCAUUAUCAAAAUUAAAUAAGCUACCAGGCAGAAAAGAGGAAUCUAUCGUGCCCUCAAGUACUCAAAGGGAAAUGAAAAAACAAAAUACAGUACUACCUUUAGAAUUGUGCAACAGGGCCAUAAACCAUAUGAAUCUUUUAUUUUCAAAAGGAAUGAAAUCAUCAGAUGUGGCAAAGAUGUUUGGUUCAAUAUCAAAUGGAAGCACACCAAAGCUAAGAAUUAGUAGUAGGAAAGAGGAAUCACAUAAGGCAAAUCAAAAGAUGUACAAAGAAAUAGGUCUACCUGGAAUUUUUUUGCAUUCUCUUUCUGUAUGUAUGCCCAUUUUGAAUGCAUAUAAAGCACAGAAGAAUAACAUAGAACAAGUAUUUACAAAAGACAUAAUAUAUGCCCAUAGAAGAGCUCUGAGGUUGAGGAGAUCAAUAGUUUCACAUGUACUCAAUACCACUGACUCUGGUACCUCAAGCAAGAGACUAGACCUACAGUGGAACAUACAAGAGAACAUUGUAACUGUGGAACGUAGAAAAAAAACAGAUUUGGCUGUGACAAAAAUAGAUGAGCCCAUUCCUUCUUUGCCUGUUCUUAAAUUGAAUAAAGAGAGAACUGAUGGGGUUCUGCUAAAUAAUGUAAAAAGAACACCAAGUACAUCAUGGGAAGAUAAGGUUAGAGUAAAAACAGUGGAAGACUCCAAGAUUAUUUUGAAGGCAGAGGAAUCAUCACUACCAUAUGUACCUGAUGGAAACAGAAUGCCUUUGGUUCUGAACAUGACAAAACCAGAGAGUAAGGUACAAGAGGAUAAAGGCACAUCAGCUGAGCACCUGACAAAUUCAUAUCCUUCCUUAGCAUGCCUUUCCCAUCCUAAUUUAAAUUCAAGAACAAAAUUAGGAAAAGAUAUAUUGGGAAUACAAGGCAAGUGCCUUCCACCAACAUUUCAAUCAUUAUCAGAUGUCAGAAAAACACUAUUUAGAGAUUCAACAAGUAGACAUAGUUCAAGUAGUGCUAUCGAUUCAACAUGCCUGCCACAGGAAAAGAAGGCAGGUAGAGAAAAUAUAAUAGAUGCAAAAGACAUAAUUGACCUCAUAUGUAUCACUUUGCAAGGAAAGAAGUCACCUUUUAAACAACCACUGUGUGGAGCAGAGCCACAAUGUGCCAACAGAGGGCAAGAAAAAAUAAUAAAAAUGAGACAGGAACAUAAAGGUAGUUUAAAGAUAGUUCAGAGUAAACCCCAGGCUUUUGUUCCUUCUUCAGCUCGCUUGAUAUGGGACCACAGAAUAAGAGAUUUAUACACACAAGGGAUUACAAGAUUUUGUCUUCCACCAUUAACACUCCAGGAAUUAUCAGAGACAACAGAAAAAUAUGAGAAAACAAGUGAUAAUAUUUUAAGCAGUAUUAAAAAAGCAAAAUGUGUAUCACAAAAUGAUAGGAAGGAAAAAUCAUUGGCAGAAAUAACACAUUUGCGAAGACUAACUUUUACAACAGGGCAACCUAUAGUGUCACAGGAAUUACAAUUGAAUCUUGAUGAAGGAAAGAAAAAAAUGCAGGAAGAUGAAACUAAACAAGUUGAAAUUCACAGCAAAUCUGCCAUCUCUUUUCUAUCUCACUCUGAAGUGGGCACAAGAGGAGAGGAAGCCAUGCCAACAAAAACACCAUUCUCUGUUCUACAACGGAAGCUCCAGGAGUCAUCAUAUAUAGAAAAAAUUGUACCACAAAAGUUUAUACCUGUUCACAUCUCAAAUAGUGUAAAAAACACCAUAGGACAUAUAAUACAGGAAGAAGAGGAGAGAAGAAAAGUAGAAAAUGCCAGGCCUUGGAAGAAAAGUACAUUAUCAGUUACACAGGAAAUUAAGUUGGAUGGUAAAGACAAAAAGAUACAAAAAGUUAAAGAUGAAACUCCCAUUCCUUCUCCUCAUCUAAAAUGGAGUACACAAAUCGAAAAAGCAGACUGUGUAACUGACAUAAUAAUUCACACUUCCCCAGAAUUAUCACAGCAGAAGUCAAACAUAGGAACAAAAGAAAAAGAAUCUUUUGAAGGUGAUGUUACAAAUAAAGUGCAAAAUGUGAUGGAACUAGUCCCAAAUAAAGAAGAUAAUGUAAGGAUAAUAACCAAGAAAUACACAAAAGGAAACAAAGCACUUUCAUGGAGCCUUUCAUUGAAUCCUGAGAAGCAACAGAAGGUGGAUCGAGAAGGUGAAGAUCAAGAAAAAAUUGGUCGAGAAAGCAAUGAGCCAUUAAAAGCAAAUGAAGAUCCAGAAGUUAGAAGGGAAAGAAAUGUAGCUCCAGAAGUUAGAGUCCAAGGUAAUGUAGAUUCAGAAAGUAGAGACCAAAAGAAUUUAAAUACAAAAAGAAGAGAAGUAAGGAUUAUAGAUCCAGAAGGCAGAGAACAAGGGAAUGUAGAUCCAGAAGGUAGAGAAGCAGAAAUUAUAAAUCCAGAAGGCCAAGAGGUAGGAAGUAUGGAUCCAAGAAGCAGAGAAGUAGGGAUUGUAGAUCCAGAAACCAGAGAGGAAGGCAAUGUAGAUCCAGAAAGCAAAGAAACAGCAAUUGUAGGUCCAGAAGGCAGAGAGCUAGGGAAUAUAGAUCCAGAAAACAGAGUCCAAGGGAAUUUAAAUACAAAAAGCAGAGAAGUAGGGAAUGUAGAUCCAGGAGGCAGAGAAGUAGGUAAUACAGCAGCAGAAAGCAGAAAGAUAAGAAAUAUAGAUCCAGAAGGCAGAGACCAAGGGAAUGUAGAUCCAGAAGGCAGAGAAGCAGGGAUUGUACAUCCAGAAGGCAGUGACCUAGGGGAUGUGGAUCUGGAAGGCAGAGACCAAAGAAAUUUAAAUGCAAAAAGCAGAGAAGUGGUGAUUGUAGAUCCAGAAGUCAGAGACCAAGGGAAUGUGGAUCCAGAAAACAAAGAAGUAGGGAAUGUAGAUCCAGAAGAUAAAGAUGUAGGGAGUGUGGAUCCAGAAGACAGAGUCCAAGGGAAUGAAGAUUCAGAAAGCAGAGACCAAAGGGUUGUAGAUGCAGAAGGCAGAAGCCAAGGGAAUGUAGAUCCAAAAGGCAGAGACCAAGGGAAUGUAGAUCCAGAGAACAAAGAAGUAGGGAAUGUAGAUCCAAAAGACAGAAUCCAAGGGAAUGUAGGUCCAGAAGACAGAGUCCAAGGAAAUGUGGAUCCCGAAGACAGAGUCCAAGGGAAUGUGGAUCCAGAAGACAGAGUCCAAGGGAAUGUGGAUCCAGAAGACAGAGUCCAAGGGAAUGUGGAUCUCGAAGACAGAGUCCAAGGGAAUGUGGAUCCCGAAGACAGAGUCCAAGGGAAUGUAAAUCCAGAAGAUGGAAUCCAAGGGAAUGUAGAUCCAGAAGACAGAGACCUAGGGAAUGUAGAUCUCGAAGACAGAGUCCAAGGGAAUGUAGAUCCAGAAGACAGAGUCCAAAGGUUUGUAUAUUCAGAAGACAGAGUCCAAGGGUUUGUAUAUUCAGAAGACAGAGUCCAAGGGAAUGUGGAUCCCGAAGACAGAGUCCAAGGCAAUGUAGAUCCCGAAGACAGAGUCCAAAGGAAUGUAGAUCCCAAAGACAGAAUCCAAGGGAAUGUAGAUCCAGAAGACAGAAUCCAAGGGAAUGUAGAUCCCGAAGAUAGAGUCCAAGGCAAUGUAGAUCCAAAAGACAGAGUCCAAGCGUUUGUAUAUUCAGAAGACAGAGUCCAAGCGUUUGUAUAUUCAGAAGACAGAGUCCAAGGGUUUGUAUAUUUAGAGGACAGAGUCCAAGGGAAUGUAGAUCCAGAAGACAGAGUUCAAGGGAAUGUGGACCCAGAAGACAGAGUUCAAGGGAAUGUGGAUCCAGAAGACAGAGUUCAAGGGUUUGUAUAUUCAGAAGACAGAGUCCAAGGGAAUAUGGAUCCCAAAGACAGAAUCCAAGGGAAUGUAAAUCCAGAAGACGGAAUCCAAGGGAAUGUAGAUCCCGAAGACAGAGUCCAAGGCAAUGUAGAUCCAGAAAACAGAGUCCAAGCGUUUGUAUAUUCAGAAGACAGAGUCCAAAGGUUUGUAUAUUCAGAAGACAGAGUCCAAGGGAAUGUGGAUCCCGAAGACAGAGUCCAGGGGUUUGUAUAUUCAGAAGACAGAGUCCAAGGGUUUGUAUAUUCAGAAGACAGAGUCCAAGGGUUUGUAUAUUCAGAAGACAGAGUCCAAGGGAAUGUAGAUCCAGAAGACAGAGUUCAAGGGAAUGUGGAUCCAGAAGACAGAGUCCAAGGGAAUGUGGAUCCAGAAGACAGAGUUCAAGGGAAUGUGGAUCCAGAAGACAGAGUCCAAGGGUUUGUAUAUUCAGAAGACAGAGUCCAAAGGUUUGUAUAUUCAGAAGACAGAGUCCAAGGGAAUGUGGAUCCAGAAGACAGAGUCCAAGGCAAUAUAGAUCCGGAAGACAGAGUCCAAGGGUUUGUAUAUUCAGAAGACAGAGUCCAAAGGUUUGUAUAUUCAGAAGACAGAGUUCAAGGGAAUGUGGAUCCAGAAGACAGAGUCCAGGGGUUUGUAUAUUCAGAAGACAGAGUCCAAGGGAAUAUGUAUCCCAAAGACAGAAUCCAAGGGAAUGUAAAUCCAGAAGACAGAAUCCAAGGGAAUGUAGAUCCAGAAGACAGAGUCCAAGGGAAUGUGGAUUCAGAAGACAGACUCCAAGGGAAUAUAGAUCCGGAAGACAGAGUCCAAGGGAAUGUAAAUCCAGAAGACGGAAUCCAAGGGAAUGUAGAUCCUGAAGACAGAGUCCAAGGGAAUGUGGAUUCAGAAGACAGACUCCAAGGGAAUAUAGAUCCGGAAGACAGAGUCCAAGGGAAUGUGGAUCCAGAAGACAGAAUCCAAGGGAAUGUAGAUCCUGAAGACAGAGUCCAAGGGAAUGUGGAUCCCGAAGACAGAAUCCAAGGGAAUGUAGAUCCUGAAGACAGAGUCCAAGGGAAUGUGGAUCCAGAAGACAGAGUCCAAGGGAAUGUGGAUACCGAAGACAGAGUCCAAGGGAAUGUGGAUCCAGAAGACGGAAUCCAAGGAAAUGUAGAUCCUGAAGACAGAGUCCAAGGGAAUGUAGAUCCAGAAGACAGAGUCCAAGGGAAUGUAGAUCCAGAAGACAGAGUCCAAGGCAAUAUAGAUCCGGAAGACAGAGUCCAAGGGAAUGUGGAUCCCGAAGACGGAAUCCAAGGAAAUGUAGAUCCUGAAGACAGAGUCCAAGGGAAUGUGGAUCCAGGAGACAGAGUCCAAGGGAAUGUAGAUCCUGAAGACAGAGUCCAAGGGAAUGUAGAUCCAGAAGACAGAGUCCAAGGGAAUGUAGAUCCUGAAGACAGAGUCCAAGGGAAUGUAGAUCCUGAAGACAGAGUCCAAGGGAAUGUAGAUCCAGAAGACAGAGUCCAAGGGAAUGUAGAUCCUGAAGACAGAGUCCAAGGCAAUAUAGAUCCGGAAGACAGAGUCCAAGGGAAUGUGGAUACCGAAGACAGAGUCCAAGGGAAUGUGGAUCUCGAAGACGGAAUCCAAGGGAAUGGAGACCCAGAAGACAGAGUCCAAGAGAUUGUAGAUCCGGAAGACAGAGACCUAGGGAAUGUGGAUCCAGAAAACAAAGAAAUAGGAAAUGUGGAUUCAGAAGGCAGAAAGGAAGGGAGUCUGGUCCCUGGAGACAGAAAAGUGGAGAAUGCAGAUCCAGAAAUGAGAAAGCAAGGAAGCAUGAAUCCAGCAACCAUGGAUGUGGGAAAUGUGGAUGCAGAAACUGUAGAGCAAGAGAACAUGAAUUUAAUAACCACAGAAGAUGUAAAUGUGGCUCCAGAAGGCAGGGUACAAGAAAACCUGAAUCAAGGCAAGUAUCAGCGGAACAUGAACUCAGAAAGCAGAGAUGUAAGGUAUAUGGAUCCAAAAAAAAGAGAACAAUUGAACACCAUUGCAGAGGGCAGAGAGGAAAGGAAUGCAGACCCAGAAACUGGGGAGCAAGGGCGUGAAGAUCCAGAAACUGAGAAAGAAAGGAAUGCAGAUCUAGAAGGCAAGGAUCAAGAUAGUGUGGACCCAGAGAGCACAGACAUAGGGAAUGCAGAUCUAGAAAGCAGAGAACAGGGUAAUAUGGACCAAGAAGGCGAAACGUUAGGUAACACAGAUCCAGAAAUGAGAGAACAAUGGGGUUUGGAUUCAAAAGACAGUGAACCAGCGAACAUGGGCCUGGGAACAAGGGGGCUGGAGAACAUGGAUUCAGAAGCCAGAAAGCAAUGGAAAGCAGAUCAGAAAAGCAAGGAGCUGGGAAAUCCAGCUCAGGACAGCUCCCAGGAAGGAGGAACACGCCAAGAAGAUAAAGAUGAAGAAGAAGUCGUUCUGUUCAUACAUUUACCUUCUGUUUCGUCACUAUCUGAAUAUGAGCCAAGCACAAGGGAAGAAAAAGAGAACCAAGAAACAAAAGCUUCUAUUUCACAGAAAUCAUUAGCUGCUUGGAAUAUGGCAAUCAGGGAUGAAAUCUCAAAUAACAUAGAAAGAGAGCAUGAGCCACAUAAACAACUGGAUGGAGAAGAAACUACAAUAAGCAUGAACUAUGAUAUUCAUGCCGAAGGCAUGGAUCCCAAGGCAAAGCAAUCGCCACCAGCUCCACAGUUCCUCAGUCUCAGUGGGGAUAGUGGUUCUAGAUCUUCAGUGGUGCUGAUAAAUGGAAGAGAAAACUCGGAGCCUACACAGGAAAGACAAAGUGAACUAGACGAAGCUCUGACAUUAUCUUCUGUCUCUCUCUCUCACUUAGACAGAGGACUCAAAAGUGAGGAUGAGGAACAGGAAGUAACAACUUCCUUGCCACCAUCCUCCCGGAGUGUAGAAUCACCCAGCACAGAGGAAUUAAAAUACCCAUUGUCACCUUUGAGUGAUAUCACAAGCAAUUCUGAAAGAACAAAGUACAUAACACAGCUAGAAGAAGAUAAAGCAAAAAUUUCUGAAGAAUGCAUGCUGCAUCCCACAUACAUGGAUGUUGAGGCAAAAAAAUCACACUCUUCACAUAUAUUUGAAAUAAAUAAUCUGCAGAAAAACCUCAUAGACCAAGAGAAACAGAGACAGGAAACAACCAAGCCCCUGAGUAAAGUGCGUUCUUUCACUUAUUCUUCAACUCACUUGAAAUUAGAAACAAUAAAAGAAGAGAAUGAGGAGCCAGACUUAAUACAAAGUUAUGUGCCACAUCCUGUGUUCCAGGAAUCACUACCUUCAGGACAAGUAGCAGCUGCAGAGUCCACUGCUAACCAAGUAAAGAGCAAAGAUCAACACCUACCACAGGAAGAAGGCAGAGUACAGACAUUAGCCAUGAAUGGUUUCACUCACCCCCUCGGCAUCAUUUUUGAAGCAGAGAAAUCAAAACCUCCAUGUGGGCAUAGAUUUGUGGAGCACAGUUCUCCACAUGAGAGAAAGGAAAAAGCAUGGGGCAUUAAAGAAAAAUUAGGACAGAAGCAGAACAGAACAUUAUGCCCUGAUGUGGUUCUGACAAAGAUGUAUCCUUCCAUGCCUUCUCCAGCUCACCAUGCAUCCUUUCCUGCACAGUCAAAGCCUCUUACCUCAUCAUAUCCAGGCCAAAUUACCUGUGCAGAUCCAAAUGAAGGUAUUGGAUCACAAAAUCAACACGUCAUUGACUACAAACAAGUCAGUGACAAAGGAAAAGCAGAGGAUGCAACAGGGAGAAUAAUGCUCCAAACAGUAAUUUUAAAAGGAGAGAGAAAAACACCUGCACAUCUAUGUUCCAGAAAGAAAGCAUCUUUGAGUUAUAGAGAGCAAAGGAAAGAGGUGCAGGGAAGGAAAACUGGACCACAAACGAUCCGGAGGAAAAGUUUUGCUUCAUUGCCUUUUCUGUCUUACCUGAGAUGGGAUGAAGAUGUGGAGGAAAAGGAAAGCACACAACAAAGAACACAGUCUGGCUUUCUGCCCCCAAAAAUUCAAGAUCAACCCGUCUCGGACAAGAAAACAUGUGCCGAGUCAUUGCAUAGUUGUAUGUUAAGCUACAGAAAUGACACAAUAAAACCUAGACCACGUCAUGGAGAAAGAGAUAGAAUAGACAUAAAAGACAAAUUGCUUCCUGAAUGUAUGGAUCAGAAGGUGAGAUUACCACUUCCACAUGUACUGAGUAUCAAAGAAUUGCAAUGGAAAAUUAAGCAACAGAAGAGCAAGAUGGAGCAAGAGGCAAAUAGACUAAUCACGAGUGUGACAAGCAGAGCUACCAAACUGCCUCUCCCACAAUUACAGUUCCAGGAAUUAUCAGAUGCAGGAAGAAUAGCAUGCUCAGAAACAAUCGCUGGAGAACUUCCAAAUGAAGUAAGAGAAUUUAAAAAACACAUGCUUCAGAAAGAAAUGGCUAGAAAACAAAUUAUGGAUAUAAGUAGUAAAAUGAAUACCAAUCUUACAUACUUGAAGACAAAAAAAUCACCUCUGUUACCUACACACAGUUUAGGAGACCUUCAGUGCCAAACUAGAAGCCCAGAACAAGAAGUCAAGGAUGUUAAAAACAAGACACAAGUGGCUUUGUCUGAGACUUCUGCGUCUAGACCUUGCAUACUUUACCUUGACAUGAAUACAGGAAUCAAGGAAGAAAACACACCAGUGUUAACAAAGUCCUCUCUUCCCAUUGAGUAUGUCCAGAAAUUCUCAGAUUCCGAAGGAGGCGUAUAUGUAAAGCCAACUACUGGUGAUAUUUUAAUCAGUCCACAAAAGGGAAACCAAUAUAUGCUGCAAAAGAAAGAAGAAGACAGAGUACAAAUAGUAAACAUUAUAAUGUUUCCCAAACAUCCAGAAAUGAAGGCACCAGAAGGUAAAUGUGAAUCAGAUUUGCUCAUGAUCAAAUCUCCUACUUCAUUAUCAUCUCAACUUCAUCUCAAAAUGGAUAAAGAAAUGCAUGAUGAAAUGCUAAAACUGACAAGAACUGUUUUGCAGAGAAUAUCAAAUGUGGGGAAAGCAGUGACUGAAGACUCACUUGGUGGUGAUAUCAUGAAAGAUGUUGAAGACAGAAAACAGGAGGUGUGGGACAGAAGGAAAAUUGUUGAUAGAAGAGGCACUGAUGUAACUUUGAAGUCAAAGAAAUCAGCUCCUUCUUCUAAACUCCACAGAACAGAACUACAUGUGAAUAUCCAAGGAAAAAAACAAAAGGAAUGUGAAGGUCUAGGUGGACCACAAAGCGUCACUCUAAGAAAAAUGUAUGCUUCCAAAGCAUCACCACCUAACCCUAAACUGGAUAAAUGUGUGCAAGUAGAGCAAAGACUGGGAAGUAAAGCGUUGGCUCUUGUCCCAGUGAUGCUUUCAGCAUUAUCAGAUGCAGACAAGACAGCAGGUGCAGACACAGUGAAUAGUGAUGUAAGAAAUGGCAACCAAAAAUAUGCAUUGCAGGAAGAAACAAGGUAUCAAGUGAAAACGGUAGAUCUGAGCAUAAGAAUGCAUGACAAAGUGACAAAAAUGUCCCAAAUUUCAUCUUUCCUUAAUGCAGAGGCAUUUGUGUUGAAUAUCAAAAUGCCAGAGAAAAAAGAGCAUGGAGGAAAAGGUGAAUCAUGUGUGGUUCUGACCAGGACUUUGGUUUCUAUGCCAUCAGCACCUCACCUGUAUCUUGAAUCAGGGAGCCAAAUAGACAAAGACACACCAAGAAUUACAGAAUCCUCUUGUCCACAGCAAAAUCUUCAGAAGUCACUGGAUGCCAAGAAACUAGCAAAUAGAGAAUCAGUUGAAAGUGAUUGUAAAAAUAUUGUUAGGGAAACAGAACGCUUCAAAGAGGCAGAGCAACCUGGGCCUUCAAACUUCAUGGUCACUGUCCAGCCAAGGGAUGAACCUGCACGUGUAAAAUCAGACCAACACAUCUAUUUUCCAGGAUUUGGUACUAGUGGAAAAGGGCUAGAAUGGUUCUUUACCAGACAAAAAACUAAGCGCAAACAAUAUGAAAAAGAAACUCUUACCACGUUUCCUUCCUGCUCCACAGGAAAUCUUAAGAAAGAAAUGGAAAAACUGGAUCAUUUAAGCCAGAAACCAAGUCCCAGAAUUUUAGUUUCACUGCCAAUGGAAAUAUCCAGGGAAAUACUUGUCGCAAUUGGCACUGCUAUACCUGCAAAAGGGUUUUCUGGUCCAGAAGUAGAUACUCACCAACAAGGAACUUCAUCAAGAGCAUCUGUAGGAUCUGUGGAUUCGUGUAAAUUUGGUAAGUCACAGAAGGACGUCGGGAGGAGAAGUGAUGCUAGAACACCGUCUUCCAAGGUGUUAGUAACACACAGAAAGGGAUUGCUUGAAAAAAUGAAUGUCACCAAGUCAAAUACCACUCAAGAUGUGGAAGAACAAGAAACCGUCAUUAAAAAGCAAGGUAUGCUGUGGUCUGAAAGUAGACACGAGACCAGGCCAAACUCUAUCUGUUCUCUUACACUUUUACUUCAAAAUGGAAAGCAAAGCACAUUCUUGGGAACAGUUGAAGACAAGACUACUGUAUGUCCCAGUGUACAAACAUUACCUGGAACACACAUGGGUGUUACAAAGCCUGAAGCCAGAGGAAGACACAAAGAACACACAUGGUCUACUUCCCACCAAGAGGAGCUCAUUGCAGAUCUGGAGGAAAAAGAUGAAACUGACUCAAGCAUCACUGCAAAGCUAAAAUUGAAAGAAAUAGAAAUGGGCAAAAACAACAUUGUGAAUCAGAAAGAAGACAAAUUUAAAAUGGACAUAUGUAAAUUUGUACAUCAAGAGGGCAUAAUACAAGUGUCUAAGAGUGCUGUUGGUCUGAAGAAGCAGCAAGUCAGAGUGGGCCAGAGCAGCACCAUGAACCUUCCUGAAUCUCAAGUUAAUCAGAAAAUCUCUCAUUUAGAGAACAACUGUGUAGUCAAGCAAAAACAUAAAAAGAAACAAAAAAUGUCGGAUUCAGAACAAGUCAUUCAACUACAAAAAUUAUUUCAAAGAAGAGUUCUGGAUUCACUUUAUGCCUGCAUUCCUUUUGUGUCCAAAUCUGAAGGCCAGAAAGGUAGAGUAGUAAUUACAGAUCCGAAGAAAGAAUUGAGACCCAAAUAUUUAACUGGCAUGAACAAAUCAAAGAAUUUUGUUUCAUGGAGUGAAGACACUUUGGGAAUAGUAAUCAAAAGUGUUUCCAUUUCCACAAUGGGUCCACCUGACACUGAAGAAGCAGUAGGAUCUAAGACAAACCGAACAAGAGAAAAGAGAAAGUUUGUUUCUAAAUCCCAGGAGGAAUGGCUAAAUGUUAGUCAAAUUGUUAGGAAAGACACGUUCACAAUUGUAAAAGAGGAAGACAAUUUCAAAAACACAGCUCCACAGGAUUACCAGUCUUCUGUGGUGGAUGAACGACAUAGGCAGAGAUUGCCUAUCAACAAAUCAGAAGCAAAGCUUAGAGGUGAAAUAAAGAAGAAAAGGAAAGAAAGCGUUGUGCCAUGUCAUGAUGACUCAAAGAUCAUUCAGAAAUCUGACUUGUCUGUGCUUGAUGAAGGAGAAAAGAUACCAAACUCCAUUCUGACAUCCACAAAAUGUCCAUUUCAAUUGGAUGCCAUGGAGUGUCCCCUACUACAGACGCAAAGAGACCAGAAUGAGCCAGUAGGUGACACAAACACACAAGAAGCUGUUCCAGCAACUGUGCCCGUGCCACCCCAAGCUAGAAGCAGUGCCAUUGGAACAGCUGCAAAUAGCAGGAGUACAGAAUAUUUACUCCCUAUUUUUGAAGUAGUUAAGAACAUACUUGAAGCUCAGAUAAAAAAUAUGUUCCAAGAUAAAGCUUCUUCUGAUAAGGGGGAAAAUAUUCUAACCCUUGAAUGUGAUGACUUGAAAUCACUACCUGUUCCACAGCGUCCAGAGACAGCAUCACUAAUGUAUACCAAACUGCAGCACAAACCUCUUUUGAAGCACUUUACUCUUGAAGAAAAAAAUAAAUUCACCAGCCAUUUGGGGUUAAAAGCACUCGAAAUAAGGCAGAAUCUGAUACCAGACAUAGCAAAACAUUCGUUACAGAAGGUCAACUUUUAUCCAGUUGGGGCUAUUUCACAUGAUAAUAACUUAGACAGAUUGAUGAACUUUAUGCCUCCAGAAGGAGUUGGUAAGAAAGAACUUAAUUUGGACUACGAAUAUCAAAACAGUUCAUCUCCUAAGAAGAAACCGACUGCUCAUGUUUCAAGCGACAGCAAGAAGGCCGUCACGCAGCUUAAGAGAACUAGAAAGCUCCAAAGUGGCCCAUCCCCCGUGUCUCCUCUCAGUGGGAUGGCUCUGCUCCAUGUUCUCCAGAUCUACUCCGUCCAAGAAAAAGACAAACUUCUCAUGCACUUUUCUAUGAAAACACUGGAGAUACGAAUGGAAACGCUUCCCCAAACUGUGAGAGAAUCUUAUGCAAUGGCCAGUGCUCAUGAUAGAACUAAAACUUUAUGUAACUGUCUUCAUUCUACCGCGAAAGUACCAAAACAACAGAACAGAAUCUUCCUAUUUUCUGAGGAAAAAUCUCUUCAUCUAAUAGACCUUGAUUUACAAUACAAAUAUCUUCGUUUUCUCUUGGGGCUUUCUAUGGAAAGCAUGUUCCCUAAGCCAAAUGUACUUCCCAAACAUGUUCUUAAAUUAAACCCAAAUGCGAUAUGUAAGAAAGUCAACGAGAGCAGGGAAAGUCGUCGUCUUUCCAUUGAAACAGAGUCGUUAGAACAACAUAUCUCUCUCAAAAAGCAAAGUCCUCAUGAAAAUUUUACACUCAUGAGAAAAUUCCAGGAGCCAGUGCAUACACACUAUUCUGACCCUGGGCUCCACAGCACAGUGCAGGAAACUCCUGGAGUUCUUACCGAGUUAAAAUCCCAUGUGACUCCAGAAAAACAGAAGCAAUAUCAUGUCUGCUUUCGAGAAACAAAUAUAUCUAAAUCUUUUGACUUACAGACUCAGGAAAAGGCUCCUAGUUUAAUUGGUUCACCUUCAACUCAAAUUUCUAAAGCUCCUACUGAUAUUCAGACCAAUCCUGAGAAGUCAGCUGACUUGCAAGAAUGUCUGGUUUCAGAAGUGCAUGCAAAUGAAAAAUGCAUGCUUUUAGAAACCGAUUCUUUGUUAAGACAAGACUCACAAAACAUUCAAGUACAAAAAGGCAUUCCUAUGGGAAAUCUCUACAAGAAGAAAGAGACCACUAUUCAUUUGAAAACGUCUCACCCGGAGGGUUCAGGUUCUUAUCGCGUUAGUGCCUGUAGAAAACACACGUUAAUUAUGACGUCAACUUCCUAUGAAUCCCAGAAAAGUGAGAAACUGGGUGCAUCAGGCAAAAGGCACUCUCCUGCCACCUUGUGCCACACUUCAUUAAACGUGAUGGAACUUCAGUCCUCCUCGCUAUCGCUCAGUGAGGAGCACAGCUCACCUACCACCACAGAAAGCAGAACAAGUUACUCCUUAGCUUCCCUAACUGAAGCAAACAUUCAGUUACAUCUUGGGCAAAACCCAGAAUGCAAAAACAAAAAGAAAGGCAAAGUUAACUUAUUCAGAAGGAACAAUGUUCACUGGGACUUGGAUCACAGUUACGCAUGCAGCAAGGAUAAGCACACGAGAAAGAAGAAAGUGAGGGGUCAUGAGUCACGGAGAUUGGAUCAUUUCCAGAGCAAAAAUAGGUCAAUACCAAAAUGUCAUCAUGAAGCUAUCAGCUCCCAUUCUGAAAGAAAACAAAGCGAGCCAUUUUUUUACGUCUGUACCCCUGCAGAUGCGCUGGACGUUGUACCCAAAACCAUUCGUUGGGUCAUCCCCUCUAAAACCUUGAAGAAGAAAGCCUUCAGAGUCCCUGUGGUGGCAAAAAUUUCAAAUCCUUGGAAUAUAUGGAGUGCAUCCAAAAAGCUAUGGAAGUCACUCACGGGUCCCUUUAUUUAGUACAAAGCUGAUCUUACCAUAUCUCAAGUCCUCUGAAAUGGAAAGCUGAUUGCUAUGGUGGUAUUCUGGGAAAAAAAUAAAGCAAUGGAAUGCCAACUGGUUUCUUCAUGAAGUGAUUUCUUAGUCGAUAUAUUUUGCUUCUACAGUAGAUUGGUGUCAUGGUCUCAGGAGACUAAGAUGAAUAAGUAGUUGACUAGCUAUGAUCCUGCA